AUGGAAAAUGGAAUCCAAAACAACCUAGCAACACCUGAAAACCGUCUGGGAAAUAUGUACUACAUGACUAAUAACAACUCGUGUGUGGCCUAUUUCGAUUCACUAGCACUUGUUGUUCAUCUUGUUGUUAUUGUUGUUGUUUAUUUCUUGUGUUGUGAACUUGGUCUCAUAUCACUACUAGCAUUAGCUUUUCUCUCAAAAAAUUUUAACCAUUCCAAAAAUAAACUACCACAAGGUCCAAGGCCAUGGCUAAUUAUUGGAAAUUUGAACUUUAUAGGUUCACUACCACAUGAAUCUUUGCCUCAUCUUUCGCAAAAGUAUGGAAAUUUAAGGCUACUAAAGUUCGGUUCCAAGCCUGUGUUGGUAGCCUCAUCCCCAGAAAUGGCUAAAGAGAUUUUGCAAACACAUGAUGCUAUCUUUGCUUCUCGCCCUACAUUGACUGCUGGCAAGUAUAUUAGCUAUAACAACUCAGAUGUGUCAUGGGCAACUUAUAGUGCACAUUGGCGACAAGGUCGAAAGAUCUACCAAACUGAGUUAUUUAAUCCCAAAAGGCUUGAUUCUUUCAAGUACAUCCGCAUUGAGGAAAGGAGAAAUUUGAUUUCUCAUAUUUAUUUUCUAUCAGGAAAGCCAGUUUUUCUCAAAGAUCAUUUACCUAAAUUUACACUUUGCACUAUAAGUAGGAUGGUUAUGAGUGACAAGUACUAUAGUGAUGAUGAAUCAACAUCAAUGUUGUCAAUUGAACAAUUAGAAUUGAUGCUAGACGAAUUUUUUAUCCUAGGUGGGGUUAUUACUUUUGGGGAUUGGAUACGUUGGCUUAAUUGGCUUGACUUGCAAGGAUACAUAAACAGAAUGAAGGCUUUGGAAAUUUUUUUUACAGAAGAUUUGACGAAUGUUCUUGAAGAUCACAAGGCUAAUGCAAAGGAGGAUUCCAUUCCAAAAGACAUGGUUGAUGGCUUGUUGCAACUAGCAAAUGAUCCUAGUCUUGAAGUUAAGCUCACCACCAAUAACCUAAUGGGAUUUAUCCUUGAUUUGUUUGCUGGUGGAAUGGAAACUUCAGCAAGAACAGUAGAAUGGGCAUUUCAAGAACUUGCAAGGAAACCCAAGAUCAUAGAAAAGGCAAAGCAAGAACUUGACAGAAAAGGUAAAGAGACAUUUAGAUUGCAUCCAUUAACUACAUUACUUCCUCCUCAUUACUCUUUAGAGGACUGCAAUGUUGCUGGUUAUGAAAUACCAAAAGGGGCAAUGGUAUUUGUAAAUAUGUGGUCUUUAGGAAUUAAUUCUAAGAAUUGGGAUCGGCCGGACAAGUUCAUUCCAGAAAGAUUCUUAGAAAAUGACAUUGUCAUAAUAAGUGGAAACAAUUUCACACUAUUUCCAUUUGGUUCUGGAAGAAGGCAGUGCCCUGGUUAUAGCCUGGAGAUUAAGCUUUUCAGGACAACGAUGGCUAACUUGUUGCAUGGAUUCAAUUGGAAAUUUGCAGGAGGCAUGAAGUCAGAAGAUAUAAGCAUGGAGGAGAUUUAUGGAUUGACUACACACACAAAAAAACCGAUAUCUAUUAUCAUGGAACCAAGACUUCCUCUCCAUCUUUAUUAGUACUUUCUUGAGUACCUAUCCAGCCAGACGUUAAGUUGCCUAUUUUUACUUCUUGUCGUAAAAUCUAUUGUAGGUAUA